AUGGCAGAUGAAAUAGUACUCCCAAUCCCAAACCUCAACCUCCCCCAAUGCCUCUUCCUCCUCUCAUCGCCAACACAAACACACCAUCACGAAAAAGCGCGUAAAGAGUUGUUGGACGGUAUCAAAGCUGACCAAAUGGCGCCGUACCUCAAACAAAUCACCUCCCUCCCCUCAUCUCCACUCCACCAACUCGACCCAUCCAUCCUCUCAUCCUUGGAAAAAGCAAACGAGGAAGAAUUAGCAAAGUUAGAUGCAAGACUCGCAGAAGCUGAGAAGACGGAGGGGGAGAGCGAGAUUAGCGAUGCUCUCAAGGCCAGGGCGAAUUAUUUGACUAGGAUUGGGGAUAAAGACGCAUCAACAAAAGCGCAACUCCUAGCCCUCGAAAAAACACCAGGCCUAGGCUCACGCAUCGACAUCGUCCUCACCAUCGUCAGGAUCGGCUUCUUCUUUGGCGAUCAUGCACUUAUCACGCAGCAUUUACAAAAGGCUGAGGGCCUAAUAGACCAAGGAGGCGACUGGGACAGACGCAACCGCCUAAAAGUCUACCAAGCCCUCCACCUCUUAUCCAUCCGCUCCUUCAAACGCGCAGCCUCACUCUUCCUAGACGCACUCUCAACAUUCACAGCUACCGAAUUAUUGAGCUAUAAUGAUUUCGUGGGGUAUACGGUUAUUGCGGGGGGGUUGACGCUGGGACGGGUUGAGUUGAAGAAAAAGUUGAUAACGGCAUCAGAAGUCACUCAAGUCCUUCCGGACCUCCCCAUCCUAGGCGACCUCAUCAACAGUCUAUACGACUGUCACUAUGACAAGUUCUUCAUCGCUCUUGCAACACUCGAACAAACACACCUCCUCCCCUCACGCAUCCUCUCCCCACACGCACGGUACUACGUCCGCGAAAUGCGGAUCCUAGCAUACGCUCAACUGUUGGAAAGUUAUCGGUCGCUGACGCUUGAGAGUUUGGCGCUGGCUUUUGGUGUUGGGGUUGAGUUUGUUGAUAGCGAACUAUCCCGCUUCAUAGCCCUCUCCAGACUACACGCAUCCAUCGACAAAGUCCACGGAAUCGUAGAAACUACACGGCCCUCUCUAAAGAAUGCGCAGUAUGAGAAAGUGGUGAAGAUGGGUGAUGUGCUGUUGAAUGAUGUGCAGCGGUUGAGUAAGGUUUUGUAUUAG